CUGUUGACAGGCAGAUACCGGGAUACGCAGACUUCAAUAACUGACAGCUCUGCAGUUUACAGGGUCAGCAACAACAAGAGCGCAAACGUCACCUUAAUCGACCUUCCAGGCCAUGAGAGUUUGCGGCUUCAGUUCUUGGAGAGAUUCAAGGCUGCAGCCAGAGCCAUCGUGUUUGUGGUGGAUAGUGUGGCCUUUCAGCGGGAGGUGAAGGAUGUGGCAGAAUUCCUGUACCAGGUCCUGGUUGAUAGCACUGUGCUCAAAAAUGCACCCGCGCUCCUGAUCGCUUGCAAUAAGCAAGAUGUCACAAUGGCAAAAUCAGCAAAACUUAUUCAACAGCAGCUGGAGAAAGAGCUCAACACCUUACGAGUGACCUGCUCCGCAGCCCCCACAAGUCUGGAUGGCUCAGCCACUGGGGGAACUGCCCAGCUGGGGAAGAAAGGCAAGGACUUCGACUUCUCCCAGCUACCCAUGAAGGUGGAAUUUGUGGAGUGCAGUGCUCGGGGCAGCAAGGGAGAGGAGGGAGAUGCUGACUUCGAGGGUCUCGAGAGAUGGCUGGCCAAGAUCGCCUGA